CGGGCUGGACCGCAGCGGGCAGGGCCGGGCCGGGCCGGUAGCUGGGCGGCGAGGCGAGCCCCGGUCCCCGGCGGGCAGCGCCAUGGCGGAGACGAUCAUAAUCCGCGUGCAGUCGCCGGAAGGGGUGAAGCGCAUCACGGCCACGAAGCGAGAAACGGUGGCGACGUUCCUCAAGAAGGUUGCAAAAGAAUUUGGUUUCAGGAAUAAUGGGUUUUCUGUCUACACCAAUAGAAACAGGACAGGAGAGAUCACAGCGUCACAAAACAAAUCCCUCAACUUACUGAAAAUCAAGCAUGGCGAUAUGCUGUUUCUCUACCCCUCGAGCCCGGCUGGCUCCUCCUCAGAGACUAUGGACACCUCUGUCUCCCAAGGCUUGCGGCCUGUGGGGGCCCCCCACGUGGUGGAAGACGAGAUCGACCAGUAUCUGAUCAAACAGGAUGGGAAGAUUUACCGAAAUCGAGACCAGCAGCUGUGUCGCCACGGCCCCUUGGGUAAAUGUGUGCAUUGUGUACCGCUGGAGCCUUUUGAUGAGGAUUAUUUAAACCAUCUGGAACCUCCUGUGAAGCAUAUGUCCUUCCAUGCCUACAUCAGGAAGCUGACCGGAGGGGCAGACAAGGGGAAAUUUGUUGCCCUGGAAAACAUCAGCUGUAAGAUCAAAUCGGGCUGUGAAGGGCACCCGCCUUGGCCAGAAGGCAUUUGCACAAAGUGUCAGCCCAGUGCCAUCACUCUCAAUAGACAGAAAUACAGGCAUGUUGACAACAUCAUGUUUGAGAACCACACAAUUGCAGAUCGCUUCCUAGACUUCUGGCGGAAGACAGGAAACCAACAUCUUGGGUACCUGUAUGGCCGGUACACAGAGCACAAAGACAUCCCGCUGGGGAUCCGGGCGGAGGUUGCUGCCAUCUAUGAACCCCCACAGAUUGGUACGCAGAACAGCCUGGAGAUCCUGGAAGAUCCAAAAGCUGAGGUUGUGGAUGAGAUCGCCGCAAAGCUUGGACUGAGAAAGGUUGGCUGGAUAUUUACUGAUCUGGUCUCUGAAGACACACGGAAAGGGACUGUUCGAUACAGCAGAAACAAGGACACGUAUUAUCUAAGUGCAGAAGAGUGCAUCACAGCUGGAAACUUUCAGAACCAGCAGCCCAACAUCUGUCGCCUUUCUCCAGAUGGUCAUUUUGGAUCCAAGUUUGUCACAGUUGUGGCUACAGCCUCUUCUCUUCCAGGUGGUCCCGACAACCAGGUCCACUUUGAGGGGUACCAGGUCUCGAAUCAGUGCAUGGCACUGGUUCGAGAUGAGUGUUUGCUGCCCUGCCGAGAUGCACCGGAGCUGGGCUAUGCCAAGGAGUCCAGCAGUGAGCAGUAUGUGCCUGAUGUGUUCUAUAAGGACAUAGACAAGUUUGGCAAUGAGAUCACACAGCUGGCUCGCCCGCUCCCGGUUGAGUACUUAAUCAUAGAUAUUACUACAACUUUCCCCAAGGAUCCAGUCUACACUUUUUCUAUUUCUCAAAAUCCGUUCCCCAUCGAGAACCGCGAUGUGCUGGGAGAAACUCAGGACUUCCACAGCUUGGCCACGUACCUGUCCCAAAAUACUUCCUCCAUUUUCCUAGACAUCAUUUCCGAUUUCCAUCUGCUCCUCUUCCUGGUCACGAACGACGUCAUGCCUCUGCGGGACAGCAUCAGCUUGUUGCUGGAAGCUGUGAGGACCAAGAAUGAGGAGCUUGCACAGACCUGGAAAAAAUCAGAGCAGUGGGCCACCAUCGAGCAGCUCUGCAGCACAGUCGGUGUCCAGAUCUCAGGACUACAGGAGUACGGUGCCAUGGGCGGCUCGACGCACGCCGUGUCGGCGGCCAUGUGGGCCUGCCAGCACUGCACCUUCAUGAACCAGCCGGGCACGGACCACUGCGAGAUGUGCAGCCUGCCCCGGACCUAGCCACGCCGAUGCGGUGGCAGAAUCCAAUACAGAGCAAACCCUCGAGCAGCAGGAGUGGUGCUUGUCCCUUCCCCGUCCUCCCUUCCGC